GGGAAAAACAAACAGGAGGACAGGCUGUGUGAUCCUGGUUUCAAGAUGUAGAAGCCGCAUCAGAAGAGCCCUCUGUCAGUGUGUGUGCGUGUGUGAACGCACCAUAACAUCAGGGGACUUGUGUUUCAAGGAUAGUGAAGGUGGAGAGACGCAACACGAGAAGUCCCCCCGCCACCUCCACAGACGAUGACAAAUUAGUCCUUAUUCAGCAAGGAGCCAGAGCAUCACCCUGAGGAUCAGAUGUUGUCCACAGCUCAGCAGAUGCUGCAGGAUAGCCGCUCCAAGAUCGAGCUGAUCCGACUGCAGAUUAUCAAAGUCACCCAGGUUGGCAGCAGCAGUGGCGGCGGGGGUAUUGGAGGUGAUGGUGGCGGCAACCAGGACAGCUCUACACAUGGAGGGAUGUCUCCAGUCGCUGUCAGUCCUGCGGAUGCUCGUUUGGCAGAGUUGCAGCACUACAUACAGAGAGAGACAGAUGCAUUGGUGCUGGCCAAAGAUGUGGUGAAGCAGCUGAAGGGAAUCUCUUCGCUGGACCAGAAGGCGCUGGCUGAGGCUCAGUCCCGGGUGCAGGAGUCCUCCCAGAAGCUGGAUCUUCUGCGGCUGUCCCUGGAGAAAUGCCUGAAGGAAAACAACCAGGAGCCUCUUGAGCAGCCUGCAGCGGGGGUCGACCCUUCAGACAGACCCCCGUCUCCUCGUAGCUCCAGACCUGGAUGUCCCCUGUCCACCUCCCUGUCCAAUUUCUCCAUCAGACCUGCCUCCUUAACUGGCAAACUUGAAGUCAGGCUUCUUGGAUGUGAGGAUUUACUAAAACCUCUGACAAACCCAGAGCUGGAAAACCAUCUGAGUCCCAGUGAGGACAGUUCACCAGCUGCUCACAGGACAGAUGGACACUCUGCGGAGGUCAGUGCGGUGCUCAGGCUGGACACCAGAGUGGUCGGCCGGACACGCUGGGCAGCCGUCAGCAGGCAGAGCUGGGACCAGACGUUCUGCAUCCAGCUGGAGCGGUCUCGAGAGCUGGAAGUCGGUGUCUUCUGGGGGGACCGGAGGGCGAUGUGUGCGAUCAAGUUCCUGCGACUGGAGGAGAUGAUGGACAAUCCAAACCACAACCAGUUAAUUCUGGAGCCCCAGGGCCUCCUCCACGCCAAGCUUCGAUUCAUCGACGCUGUUGUUGAGCGGCAGCCGAAACUGAGACGUCAGAGAUGUAUCUUCACUAAAGAGAGAGGCAAGAAUUUCCUCAGAGCAGCCCAGAUGAACAUGAAUUUUGCCACAUGGGGUCAUCUGAUGAUGAGCAUCCUCCCUCGCUACAGCUCCUUCACCACAUUCAGCUCGUCCCUGUCUAUGACCCCCGACCUCAUGGCCAACAACACCCCACGUGCAACUGAGAAGGAGCCUCAAACCACCACUCCACUGCCAAGCGAAGCUCCAGUAAUCAGACUCAGCAUAACUGAGGAUCAGCCCUCCCCCACCAGCAUCGACCAAGGAGACAACACCUCCACCAUCAUCACUACAGAACGUACAGCGUCAUCUGUGCCCGCGCUGCAAGAAAAGCUGUCAUCCAUAAACAACAGAGAAGAAAGUGAAGAUCAGCCUGUAUCUGCUCUGAAGAUGCAGAUGGAAGAUUACAAAUAUAUUUCAGUUCUGGGCAGAGGACACUUUGGGAAGGUCCUGCUGGCAGAGUUUAAGAAGUCAGGAAAACUGUACGCCAUCAAAGCCUUGAAGAAAAAAGACAUUGUGACACGUGAUGAAGUGGACAGCCUCAUGAGUGAGAAGAGGAUCUUUGAGAUGAUCAACGCAUCUAGACAUCCAUUCCUGGUGAACCUCCACGGCUGCUUCCAGACCAGCGACCACGUCUGCUUUGUCAUGGAGUAUUUACCAGGCGGCGACCUCAUGAUCCACAUCCACAACAACGUCUUCACCGAGGCACAGACCAGGUUUUAUUCAGCGUGUGUCCUGUUGGGUUUAGAGUUCCUGCAUCUGAAUAAAAUCAUCUAUCGAGAUCUGAAGCUGGACAACCUGUUAAUGGAUGCAGAUGGAUUUGUGAAAAUCACAGACUUUGGGCUUUGUAAAGAAGGGAUGGGUCACGGAGAUCGGACCUCCACGUUCUGUGGGACUCCUGAGUUUCUGGCUCCUGAGGUCUUGACAGAUGACAACUACACCCGAGCAGUGGAUUGGUGGGGGAUGGGCGUCCUCAUCUACGAGAUGCUUGUGGGAGAGUCUCCAUUCCCUGGUGAGGAUGAGGAGGAGGUGUUCGACAGCAUCGUCAAUGAUGAUGUGCAGUAUCCAGGCUCUCUUCCUCCUGGUGCUGUCUCCAUCAUCCAGAAGCUGCUGAAGAAGAAUCCUCUGAAAAGGCUUGGAGCUGGAGAGAGGGACGCAAACGAGGUCAAGGGAGAGAAAUUCUUUGAGACCAUCGACUGGGAAGCCCUGCUGGCCAAGAAAGUAAAACCGCCGUUCCUGCCGUCAAUCAGAGAGUCCAUGGAUGUCAGCAACUUUGACAGCGAGUUCACUCGACUUCAGCCGGUCCUGUCGCCUCCCUCCAAGCCCUUCAGCCUCUCUGCCGAGCAGCAGGAAGCCUUCGCGGACUUCGACUUCUGCGCCUUGCAUGGAUGAAAGACGAGCUGAAAAGACCAGGGUGGGAAAUUACCACCAGACUCAUACGUUUGUUUUGUGGCUGGGAAGUUUCUUAACUUGGCAGGUAACAAACCAUCUUUAUUUACUUAUAAUCAGCCGCCCUACAGGCAGGUCAAGUAAUUCAA